UUUCAAUACUUUCUGCUGCACUUUCGGUGCAUUAAGGACUUUUUCAUAACCUGGUCAGCCAUUUUCUAAAUUAAACUUCGGCGGCCGUUUGGAGUAACUGGAUCUUGAAACUAACAUAAUUUUAUGCUGCAUCUAGAAAAUAAGACAAAUGUAACCGAUUGAAAUGAUUUAUGAUUCAAUAACAAUUGAAUAAUUCGAUAUUAGUUUUGCUUUUACUACCAUUUGCUGCACUUAUAUUCAUUGUUGUCAAAAUGAGCAAAUCCGAUGCAUCUCGUCUCAGUUCUUACAAAUCCAACUCCAUCAAUACACAGGACUCACGCAUGCGCCGGCAUGAGGUCACUGUAGAGUUGCGUAAAUCAAAGAAAGAAGAUCAACUGUUCAAGCGACGCAACAUCAAUGAAGAGGACAUUGUAUCGCCUCUGAAAGAGUCCAAUGCCCAAUCCCCAGUACAAAUGACCAUCGAGGAAAUGGUUGCUGCCAUGAAUAGUGAUAAUGUUGAUCGUCAAUUCUUAGGUUUGCAAUCGGCACGUAAAAUGCUAAGUCGGGAGCGUAAUCCACCUAUUGAUGUAAUGAUAUCACAUGGUUUAGUGCCUAUUUGCAUACGAUUCCUGCAGAGUGUUGAAAACCCCGUAUUGCAAUUUGAGGCUGCCUGGGCGCUUACGAACAUCGCUUCUGGUACUUCGGAACAGACUCGCUGUGUUAUUGAAGCAAAUGCUGUGCCGCAUUUCAUUGCUCUACUCAAGUCCGAGUCGGCACAUUUAGCUGAACAGGCUGUAUGGGCAUUGGGUAACAUAGCUGGAGAUGGCGCGUUUGCACGUGACAUUGUCAUCCAAAAUAAUGUGGUGGAUGGCUUACUUGGUUUGAUAAACAAGCAAACGGAAAUGACGUUUGUGCGCAACAUAGUCUGGCUGAUGUCUAAUUUGUGUCGCAACAAAAAUCCAUCGCCUUCAUUUGAAAAUAUCAAACAAUUGCUGCCUGUGCUAUCACAGUUACUCUUAAGUGAGGACGUACAAGUGCUGGCCGAUACCUGUUGGGCCCUAUCCUAUGUGACGGAUGAUGAAAACCAAAAAAUCCAAGCAGUAGUCGAUACUGGCGCAGUGCCACGCUUAGUCUCACUACUUGGCACUAACGAGCAAACAAUAAUUGUGCCGGCAUUGCGUACUGUUGGUAAUAUAGUUACCGGCACUGAUUAUCAGACAGACGCAGUUAUUGAAGCCGGCGCCUUACCCCGAUUGGGUGUUCUGCUGAUGCAUCCAAAGAAUAAUAUUGUGAAGGAGGCUGCCUGGACGGUUAGUAAUAUCACAGCCGGAAAUCAGAAGCAGAUUCAGGCCGUUUUCGAUGCUGGUCUAUUCUCGAACAUACGUGACGUAUUGCAGGGUGGUGAUUUCAAAUCGCAGAAAGAGGCAGCUUGGGCCAUUACAAAUACCACCACUAGUGGCACACCGGAACAAAUAAUCGAUCUUAUUGAGAAAUACCAAAUAUUGAAACCAUUCUGUGAUUUACUCGAUGCACAGGAUGCACGCACCGUUAAGGUAGUGCUUAUGGGGCUUUCAAAUCUAUUUGUAUUGGCCGAAAAAUUAGGCAGCACAGAGAAUCUCUGUUUGAUGGUCGAGGAGAUGGGCGGUUUGGAUAAGUUGGAGAAAUUGCAGGAGCAUGAAAAUGAGGAGAUAUACCAGAAAGCCUUCGCAAUGGUGGAUGCAUACUUCGGCUCAAAUGAUGAAGCAGAGGCCGCAUUAGCGCCGCAGGAGGUUAAUGGCACGCUCGAAUUUAAUACGGCUGAAUCGAGCACGCCGAAAGGUGGUUUCUCGUUUUAGUUGCCCCAAGUCGUCGUACACAGGUGUUCGUGUGGGUUGGGUGGGUGUGUGUGCAUCGCACAGCGCGCUGCAAAAUCAUCGAGAAUGGUGUUUGUAUGUUCAGUUAAUGGUUUUGGCAGCAUACAAGCCGGGAAUUGCUAUUCGAUGUAAUCGUGGUUUUUUUUUCUUUUGCUUUUAGACCUUAAAAUAUCUGCAUGCAAACAAGUCAAGUGUUCACAUUUCUCAAUGUUUUAUGUAUUCGCUGUGAUGAUGCUGAUCGUCAACACAUCUUGUAUUUUUUUUAUUGCUUGCGCCACUUUUCUCUAGCAAAUCCCAUCCACAUCCAAAUCCCAUUUAGUUUGCAUUCAUUGCUCAAUUUGUUUACACUUCAUGCGUCUUUCUUCAUACACACAAUUUUAUUUUAUUCCCAUGUUUGUUUUAUUCCACACUUAUUCCAUUUACUUAAUUACAUUUGUAAGCACAAUUGGAGUUCUUUCGAGAAAUAAUGUUGUAUUUUAAUUCGAGCUCGUUAUUGCCAUCUAAAUCUAUUUUUUUAAUAAUGUUUAGUAAUGCACGUACCAUAUUAUUAUAGCUGGCUACUAUAUUAUUUAAUCAUGUUGAAGUCACCACAUAAAAAAUAAUUGUAAAACUACUUUGGUUGGCUGGAAAGUAUCGAAAGCGGCACCUAUGCACCGGUAGAGGAGUGCAAAUUUGUACACCAUUUCAAUCUUUCAUAUUUUCUUUGAUCAUAUAAAAAUUUGUAUUUCCAUCUACAAAUUCAUUCUUCUUCUGCGAGCCAUCUGAAGUUGAGGUGUCAGUAAAUUUCUGUACAAGGGAAAGCACCAAUGCAUCGUGUAGUGAUAAAAUUCUUCGUUUUAGAAGCUUUAUAAGCAAAAGAAAUUCAUAAAAAAAUGGUAAAAGUGUUAAAGGAAUCCGCUCGUUCAUUUUCAACUACGCGUGGAGCUAAAGCCACAUAGGUGGGCUUCCAAAAAAUAUGAAUCAGUGAUCAAAAAAUUAAUUAUAUUUAAAAAUGCACAUUUUAUUGUUGCUUUCAAUACUUUUCAACCAACCUGUACAUACAUAUAUAAUAAUAUAAAAUAAAUCAUUCAGGUAAUUAAAAUAUAUAACAA